GCAGCUCGCGGCACACACACGGGUCUGAGGAGGCAGGGAAACGCCGCUGGAGCGGGGAAUGAUGGCGGAGAUCGAGAAGGAGCAAGUUUGAUACCGGAGCAAAACUGGAAUCUCGGAUCGAGCUCUUCGGCUUCCAACUCUGUAACGCAACUAGAUGACUUCGCUUGAAUUGAGAGGACAGUGCUCCAGAAAAUCUCUGCCGGACCCAUGGAAAUGGUUGCCUAAACUCAGAUUGUAGUUCUUCAUCAAAACAUUUGCAAAGCUGAUUUGUUUUAGAGUAAAGUUGCAGUGAUAAACAACCAAGAUGAUCAAAACAGAAAACAAAGGAGGGGAGAGGAGCCUGAGAAGUGCGUCCCCUCACAGAAAUGCAUACAAGUCUGACUUCCACGCCAUCAAGUGCUCCUUUGAUGGGCCAAAGUCCGAGGAUGCCUCAAAAACAUUUGCAAACGGAUCAAGUGAAACCCGGGAUGAGUCUAGGGGAAGGCCUUUUGGAACCAGAGUGAAUAAGAUCAAGAACAUAUUUCUACAAAUGGAUGGACAGCAACCAGAGUCUCAAGAAGUCAAACAAACUUUAAAGUCUGACGCCCCCCAAGUUUCCCCAACGAAGCUGCAGUUUCCAGUCAACGCUCACAGAGUUAAUUUAAACAGCGCUUCAAGCCCCGAAUCCCACAGUUUAGAGAAAACACCCAAGGGGGAAGAUGUUGAGAUUGACAAAGUGUCUCUGGCGGAGAAGUUUUCUGUGACCAGAAAACUCUUUGAAAGAGGCGUCAAGGAGCAGCCAGCAGCUGAGAAACAGUCCCCAAAUAGAGUGGUUAAUCGUCUAUCCCUCGGAAGUGCCUCAGAUGAAGAGAAAAACGCAAGGAGAGCGUCGGGAUGCAAAGAGAGUCCUGGCAAAUUGGAGCAAACACCCACAUCGGCAGCUAAAAGUUGCUCAGAUGAGAUAGCUGAUGGUGAAAAAAGGCAUGUGUCUAGAGUGUCGCUGAAUGCAGGGCCUUUGUCGAAGAGGUUGGAAAAUUAUAUAGUUGAGAAUGACUCAGACGACAACAACACAUCUGCUGGGAAAGAAGGUGUGGCAUCUGCUAAACAACACAGCACCACUCAACACGUACAGCCUACCGUUGUGUCCAAGGACGUCUCACACAAAGCUACUUCUCCUGUCAAAGAAGUCACCGACUCUUCAUUUGCUAAUAAUGUCCUCAUCAAAAAUAAAGAUAGCAAAUCUGGAUCUUGGGGGUCAAAUUUGGGAACUAAAGCGACAUUACCAGCUAGUGGUGAUGUAUCUUUGGCAGCAGAUGCCACUCCAAAACUUCGCUCAUCAGAGCAAACGACCUCAAUUAGCCACAGCUACAAGUGUCCCUCACCAGCAGUUGAUAGAUUUAGUAGGACAUCUGUUGGUGAUGGUGCUAAACCAUCGAGUUCACCCCCAAGGGAUGGGAAAGAGCCUUUGCCGUCAGCUGGCGGAUUUCUGAACGCAGAUCGGAAUAAACACCCGGAAAAACUCAAGAGUAACGAUGGCCCAGCUCUCAGCCCUACAGGGCCCAAGCCACAAAGCAAGACUUCAUCACCUGACUCCAGAGGGGGAAGCACAGUGCGGGCUGAACUGGUGGUGGUACAGAACGAGUCCUCGGACAGUGAGGAGGAUGAAAUCACUGAAGAUAAGCAGAAAGACGAAUUCUGUGAAGACCUACAAAGAAGCUUUCCAUCAGGACAAAACCUCAACUCUCAUCAAAUCUCCUCACAAGAGACUAUAGAAGAAGCACAAAGGGGGGCAGACACUGAAUAUGAAGGUAGAGUCUCAGCAGAUGACAAGAGAUUUAGUUUAGAGAAAAAGGAGGAUAACUUAGCUGUGAGUCAGGACACUAAUGAAGAGGAUGAAGCAGCGGAGGAGGAGGAAGAGGAGGAGGAUUCACUAGAGAAGCAAGUGGAGGAGAACAUUCUGGAUAGAGUCUCUCCAGUAGUGUAUGGGAUAGAGAACGCAGCAUUUGUGGAUAAUAGAGAUGUAGACCAGGUCAUCAGGGAAGAGGAGGAGAAGGAGGAGGAAGAUGAGGAGGAUGAUCAAAUCUAUGGGAAUUAUGAUGAGUGUUACGAAGUUAUUGGUCUCUCUGAUGAGGAUGACGCUCCCCCAAAAAGGAAAAUUAGGUUCUCCACAGAUCCCAUUUUGGUCUUCAGCACCUUCUCCAAUGAGGAUUAUGAUCGGCGUAAUGAUGAUGUGGACCCUAUUGCAGCAUCUGCAGAAUAUGAGCUGGAAAAGAGAGUGGAGAAAAUGGAUGUGUUUCCUGUGGAAAUUCAAAAGGCAGGAGACAAUGGGCUUGGAAUCAGUAUCAUAGGAAUGGGAGUGGGAGCUGACCAGGGUUUGGAGAAACUCGGUAUUUUUGUGAAAACUGUAACUGAGAAUGGAGCAACUGAGAAAGAUGGACAGAUACAGGUGAAUGAUCAGAUAGUAGAGGUUGAUGGGACCAGUCUGGUGGGAGUAACCCAGCUGUUUGCUGCAACUGUCCUGAAGAACACCAAAGGCACAGUGAGGUUUCUGAUUGGUCGAGAGAAGCCGGGAACUCAGAGCGAGGUGGCCCGCCUCAUUAGUGAGACACUGGAGCAGGAGAGGAACCAGCAGCAGCAACACCUGGAUGACCCUUACGACCACUCUACAGAGGAGGAGGAGAGGUAUGAGGACGAGGAUGACGACGUUAUAGAAGAAAGAAUUCUUGGGUCCAAUUUCUCUCCAGGGAGAAACGUGGAGGUGUUGGAGCUGCCGGACUCGGAGGCCUUGUUCAUGCCGACCGACAUGAACAGCUCUCAGAUGGCCUUCAAGUUCAAAGAGCUGCAACUGAAGCACAGCGUUGCUACAGCUGAAAUAAAUCAACUGAAGGAAAAGCUAAGGAAAUCAGAGGAGGACAAGUCUUUGUGGGAAGAAAGGCAAUCUGCACUGGAGCAAAAAACUGAGGAGAGCAACGACAAAAUCCUAAAGCUGGAGAAUUACUGGCUGGAAGCCCAGGCUGUGUGCAAGAGUGUGAAUGAACAAUUAGCCGAGAAUCAGGCUCAGUAUGAGGCCCUGGACAAGAAGUACAACAAGGCCAAGAAACUGAUCAAAGACUACCAACAAAAAGAGAUAGAUUUUGUGAAGAAAGAGGAGGAGCUGAAAAAGACUCUGGACGAAAAAGACAAAUGGUACAAGGAGCAGCUGGAGAGCCUGCAGAACAGGAUUGCUGCCCUGGAGUCCAGAGGGGCUUCAGCUGUGGAGAGUCAGAGCGGUCUGGACUCUGCUACUGAGGACAGACUCAGCAGCCAAGACUCUGUCAACAACUCACAAUCCAUUGACUCUCUCUUAGAUCAAGACUGGACUGAAGUGAUCCCUGAAACAGCGCGCCUGGACACCAGCGCUCAGAAGGCCAAAUGCCGGUUGGCUCAGAUGAGCCGGCGCCAGGCUCCAACUCGAAACAAACUAAAGGAAGGCCUGGCUGAACCCGCUCAUCAUUCUCAGGAAACUGAAGAAGAGGUCGAGCAGGAGGAGCAGGAAUCUGCCGGGAGGCAGCAGUCAACACAGGAGAGCCCAGCACUACCUGUCGACGUCUGCCACACUGGACAGAAUGACAAUCCGGGCGAGACCGGAGAUGCUUCUAAAAGCAAAUUGGAGCUGUCCAGCAGUCCAUCUUUGUCCCCGUCACUGGGGGACAGUGUUGAAAGCUGUAGCAAUCCUUCGUUGUCUUCUCCAAAACACACGUCCUCACCACACUCUCCUUCGGGUUUUAUGCGCAACGUGAAAAAGAGAGAGUCCAAAGGCAAAGGGAAAGAACUCAAAGAGGAGUUGAGUGAGUCUUCUACAGCGGUAAAACCUAAAAGGCGAUUUCCAGAUUUUGGAGGCCUUCGGAAGUCAGGCGGCAAAGGGAGAAAAGACAAAGAGAAAGAGGCCAUGAGAGCUUCUUUGGACAGCAGGGGUUCUGCAGAGUUACUAGAGGAAUCUGGAGGGAACCUGUCUCCCGCAGAGUCCAUGACCUCUGUCCCCACUUGUAUGCCUUUCUCCUGGUUUGGAGACAAAGACAGGGACAGAGACAGAGAGCCGUCCUCGUCCAACAGCAGCCUGCCAUACGCUGCAAAUGAAACCAGCAGUGAGCAAAGCCAGGAUCGUAAAACUAAGACAAAUCUCUCCUGGUCCUCUUUAUUCAGUCGCUCUUUAGAUUUGAGUUUUUCAGUCAUAGAUGAUUCUAGCCCUGCCAGUCCCAGUACAGACAUCUCUGGGUUAGUCGCUGAACCCAAUCUGUCUGGGCGCUCACACACUUUAAUCUUCUCUUCCAGCGAGACCUUGGAUGAUGAACCAGUCCCUGUUGGGAAAGAGUAUCAGUGGCAGAAUCGGCCCAUCUCCGAUUGGACCAAUCAGCAGGUCUGUCACUGGUUAAUGGGCAUGAACAUGGAUCAGUACACUCCUGAAUUCACCGCAAAGGGAAUCGAUGGCCAGCAGCUGCUGCACUUAGACAGCGACAAACUGAAGGCACUUGGUGUGACAAGUCAAAGUGAUCGCUCAACUAUCAAAAAGAAGCUGAAGGAUAUGCGGAAGGCCCAGGAGAAGCUGGAAAAACAGCGGGAGAAAAGAGAGAAAGAGGGCCGACGCAGUGGGAGGCUGCCGGUCCAGGGUGACUCUAUCUGCUGAUCAGAGCUGAAUUAAGUCUUUCCUUGACUUUCGUCCCUGUUCAGAAAAAAAACAAAAAACUUUUCUGCAUUUCUGAUUCCAUGAUGUUCCUUUCAGAAGAUCACAGUGGUUAUCACGGUUGGCUUCAAUCAUUUGGCCAGCUGUGAGGAGUUUUCUACCAUUUUCUACCUGUGCAGCUUUUCAUCGCAGUCCAGAGACAUUCAUAGUGUGAAUGAACUAAUAUAAGUUGUUCAUUCGUUUUGGACGGACAACCAUCCUUCUGUGACUCUACAGGAUAUUUGGAGAGAGCUGGUCUGGCUUCUCAUGCUGAGACCGUGAUGUGCUAGAAACCUCCUUGUAGGACCUGAGGUGGUGGUUUAUAUAUAAUAAUAGAAUGUUUCUAUUAUUGUUUUCUAUCAGUUUCCAUUAACUACAGCUAAAAAAACAUUCUAAUUAAAUGAUAGGGGAUAUCAAGUUUGGUAAGAAACCAAAACAGAUGUUCUAACACUUUUACCACUAAAAAAUCUUGAAACUAUAAUUAUUGAGAUCUGUUUCCAAUUAUAUUGUACAGUCCAGAUAAAAGCACUAUCAAUCUUUUAAGCUUCAAGGCAGCAAAGUUUUAAAUGUAUAAAUGAGUUUUAUACAUGUGCCUGUUAACUGCAUUUUUACUUAAAUUCCUUAUUUUAUUGUAUACUAUCUACAUUUUUCUACUAAGUAGAAUAGCCAGACUAUUUUUUUUUUUUUUGUCAAAAAGGAAAUGAAAUGAGAACCUUAUCACGUAGGGACCAGGUGAAUGCUGCUGCUGUGUGCCUGACUCAGACUGGCUUGAAUGGUACCAUGAUGCUCUGUAAAUACUCAAAGGAUGAGCCUGUGGCGACGACUGGUGUGGGUCCAGAGCCAUGUCACGUGUGAAUGCAAGGCUGAACGAUGAAUGUUCUCCAUGAAACCGAAGUGCUUCCUUUAUUCUCAAGUCUAGCUCCAUGUUUGUACAAAAUAUUAAGUGUUGGACCAGAAGAAAACGAUGUUUUCUGAACUCUCAGAGAAGCUAAUCUUGGUACAUACAGCAUCAAUAAACUAAUAAUCACUUCUUA